AUGGCAGACUCCGAACAGCUCGCGGAAGUGAACGCCGACCACGCUGAUGACGCAACGUGGGUUCUCACGAGUAGCUUCGUGAUUCUGACGAUGCAAAGUGGCUUUGCAAUGCUAGAGAUGGGAUCAUCUUCAAAAGGCCAUGAAGUGAACAUCAUGCUCAAGAACGUCUACGACGUGGUUUUUGGCGGCCUAGCAUAUUAUUUGCUAGGGUUCGGCAUUUCCAACGGAGCGCCCUCAAACUCUUUCAUGGGACUGGGGGACUUUUUCCUGGACGUGCCAAAGGCCGACGAGAUAGCCUCGGGGCUCAGGUUCAGCACCUUCUUGUUCAAGUUUAGCUUUGCUGCGACUUCCACAACCAUUGUGAGUGGAUGCCUUGCCAUGCGUUGUAAAUUCACAGUAUACUGCUUCUAUGCCUUCUACGCUGUGCUGAUUUAUUCCUUCGCGGCGCACUGGGUGUGGGCCGCCGAUGGUUGCCUGGCACAGCUGGGAGUGCAUGAUUUUGCUGGAGGUGGCCCUGUGCAUCUGCUUGGAGCCGCGAACGGCCUGGUAGCAAUCUUGCUAGUUGGACCACGCCACGGUCGUUUCGAUGGCAUCCGUCCCCCUGAAGACUUCCGGGUCUCUUCCCCCACUAGUAUCUUGAUUGGUCUCUUUAUGCUCUGGUGGGGUUGGAUUGGCUUCAACUGCGGCAGCACCUUUGGAAUUACCAAGUUCAAGUGGAUCGUGGCGACCCGGUCAGGCGUCGCGACCAUCAACGCCACCUUUGGUGGUGGAGUCGGUGCACUCUUCUACACCAAAGCUAAGUCCAAGGGGAGGCUGGUCCUGGCAGAUCAUGUUGUGAACGGUAUCCUUGGAUCCCUUGUUGCAAUUACGCCCACCUGCGCCUGCAUCCACCCGCCGGCGGCGCUUAUCAUCGGGCUCGUGGGUUCCAUCGCGGCACUUCUUUCCAACGACUGGAUAGCGAGAUGCAAGAUCGACGAUCCGGUGGGCGCGAUUGGUGUGCACGGUGCUGCUGCAGUGUGGGGCAUCCUGGCGGUAGGCUUGUUUGCUGAUGGACAGUUGGCUGGCAUUCAGGUGGCGAGCGGACUUUUCCGUGGGGGUGGCUUUCGACUGCUGGAAGUCCAGCUCCUGCUGAUUGCCUCCAUCUUUGCAUGGUCGCUCCUGGCAGUGACGCCCUUCUUCGUCUUGGUGGGCUGGGCCGUUGGCACGGACUGUUGGAACCCGCGCAAAGGCCUUCGAGUCGAUGAAGCAAGCGAGCUCCAAGGCCUGGACUCCGUCUACCAUGGACGCCCUCCCAAGAAGAAGAAGCGUCGGAAGUCCGUGACCUCUAUCAGCUCGGACUGCCAGGAUGAUGUGGUCGAGGAUGAUCUUCCUGCUAUGUUCCUGGAGUCGGCCACCCGCCGUGCCGUGGCCGCCGCCACCGCGGCUGCUGAGGCAGAGCGGCGCGCCGAAGGCUUCGCCGCAAAGGCACUGGCGCCCGAGGCCGGAAGUGCGACCACACCAGCUCCGGCAAAACAGGCGCCGGCACCCUCGCGAGAGGAAGAGAUGAUGUACCAGCGCGAGCGGAUGGCGGCGCAGACGGCGGGCCUAUGUGUCCUGAGCAUUUGCAUCGUCUUGGCCUGGUUUCAAAGCAAUGCGGUGGAGGGCGACUACCACCGGAGGAAGAAAGACGAAGCCGAUAUUGAUGUUUUCCAUCGGUGGGGCAUUCUUUGCUGCUGCUGUCGGCGUAUGGCCUGUUGUGCCUGGUGCUGCUACAAACUUCUGGGGCUGCUAGCCAGCUGUAGCUGCUCAACACUGAGCGUGCUGGGCACCGUUGUGUUCCUGAUGGGAUACGGCUUCAAGGAGCUGUGGGAUCAGCACCUCAUCCAACCCCAUCUCGAAGAAGCCACUAUCUACCUGUUUUUUGCAACAAUUGCCUUCGUGAUCCUCCUGAUCAUGGUUGGGGCUUUCGUGAAUUGGCUGCGGGACAAAGUGGGUUUCGUCCACAAUGUCAUGUCCUUCGUGGACGAGCGGAUGGAUGAAGUCAUGGACUUCUUCGGCAUAAACGCCGGGUAUGACGACGACGAUGACGAUCUCAAGGAUUUCAAGCUCCCCGACGUCCAUGACUACGACCCGAAGGAGGUGUCGAACAAGCGCGCCAGCCCGGGCAAAGGCGCGAUGCCUGCCGCCAACCGCGGGAGAGACAGACUACGAAAGGCCCAUCCCUGGUGGCUGGGGCCGCUUAUCGGGGCCAACCGCCCUCGGCGCGCUGGCCGCGAGAACGUUCGCGAGAUGCCCGCGCCGGGGAAUCACAAGUUGACCUUCACCAACCGCCUCAAAGACGAGGACAUGGGGAUCUUCUCGAAGGUCUUCUACGGGGUGUCGCCUUUCCUUUGCAGGUUGGACCUGUCGUACAACCACCUCGGAGACGAGGGCGCCGCUCAGCUUGCCUCCGCCCUGCUGGGCCCAAGGGCUCAGCGCAUGGCCUCCCUCCAACUGCGCAGCAAUGCGAUCGGCCCUGAGGGCCUUCGAAGCAUCUGCGAUGCUCUCAGGAGCACGCCGUCCGUUCGCCGCUUCGACAUCUCCAUGAACCCGCUGGGAAGAGAGGGUGGUCUGAUGCUUGUGCAGCUGCUUCAAAGCUCCCCGGAACUCUUAGAGUUGAUGAUGGGGGACAUUGAGGCGGAGAUUGACGUCUUGGUUUCCCUUGCCGCGACGCUUCGGAGAUAUCCAACGCAACUGAAGGUCUUGGACAUCCAGAACCCGCGCAUCUCCACCCUCCAGGAAGAUCACACAGUACACCUCGGCCGCAUGAUGCGCACCAACACGACUCUCACGGAGCUCUACCUCGGAAAGCACAGGAUGCGUGACGAUGGCAUCCGGCAGCUGGUGGACUUCCUUUUGGAGAACAAGGUGCUGCGGGUGCUGGACCUGAGGUGCAACGAGCUGGGAGCCGUGGGCGCGUACUACCUCGGAACGUUGCUGGUGCACACCAGCACUCUUGUUACCUUGAACCUCUCCUGCAACCGCAUUGGCGAGAAGGACAACGUGCAGGGUGCACGUGCUCUAGCGGAGGGCCUCUCUGAGAACAAGACGCUUCGCCAUCUCGAUUUGAACCACAACGAGCUUUGUGAUUCGGCCCUGUGUCGGAUCGGUGAGGUGAUCGAGGCCUCCUCCCUCGAGACUCUGCGCAUCUUUCACAACCGCUGGGACCAACCUUCCUCCGUCUUGUUCCACCACCUCCUGAACAGCCGCAUGCGAAAGUCCAAGCUGACAGCGGAUUUGACAACUAGCGAGGUGGACAAGCGGAUCGAUGUCUCCAAAGUCGAGAUAGACCGGUGA